GGACCACCUUGCUUUCGCAUGCAUCUGGACACUCGUUGUAGCUGCCCCUGCUUUACGAUUAACGCUUAGUUUCUCCUAAUUCAAAGCUUGUGACAUGGACGUCACAAUGUGACGGCUGAUCUUCCCCUUUGAUGGCCACCCUGAGUAAAGCCAACCAUGCGAAGAUGAGCUUUCAGCACUUCAGACUGCAGAAUAUCGGCCCGCAGCCCUCGCAGCCCUCAAAUGGUACCUCUGAAAGCAUGUCUUCGCUCACGCAAGCCCUGGGCCAGUCUCAAGAAACCGAAUCAGUGAGCGCGCCCGUGUCGACUGGCCCAAAGAAGGCGCCGUAUGGCUCAGGGGACGUCGAUGAUGGGUACACGCUCGUCUUCAACUCGAUGGCGGCAUUUCUGGAAUGGAAGCGGCGCGAGGAGGAAGAGAAGAUGAUCGAGUUUGUGAAGGGUGACACGCACGGGUCCAAGGCGGUCCCGCCGCGGUUCAAAGACCACACGAAACUGGUAUGCGCGCGGCACUCGCGGAGUGGGAGGAAGAAGUAUGUGAAAAAGUUCCCGGAUAGGGUGCGAAAGGUGCCCAGUCGAAAGCUUGAGGGGGUAGGAUGUCCCGCAUCGAUAAGCUACAAGACGUACUUUGACAGCGACGAAGUACGGGCAAUGUACAAUGCGGAACAUUCGCAUGAGAUUGGACUCGCCAACCUGCCCUUCACGAAGCGUGGACGAAGAGCGGCGCAGGAGCAAAGUCGCGCAAGGGCUCGAGGUCAGACCCGAUCUGAUGGAACUGCCUCGUCAAGCCCCUCUUCAGCAGCACCUUCUUGCACUGGCGCAACGCCCGUGAGUGCCGUCGCCGGUCUCUCCCCCGUCUCUCCGCAAUCAGCAAGUGCCCCGCCGCCCGCUCACCACCCUCUCUCUCCGCAUCUCCCUCAACGCUACCAGACGUCCAUCUCAAUGGUCGCCCCACCCCCUCCGCCGCCAGCCGUGCAUCAGCCUGUCGCACAGCCAUCAAUGGACAUGUCUCAGGAACGAUGGGAUCGCAUGGGCGUGCUCUUCGGGAGCAUCCGAGACCACGCGCGGACGUUCCAGUACCAGCCGGCGUCCAUGGCAGCACUCGAGAGCGUGCUCAUCCGACUUUAUCUUGAGAGCCCCAUGGCGGGGAUGGCUCAGCCGCCGCCACAUGCGAUGGGCGGGAUGGAAGGUAUCGGGUUGAACGGUGUGCAUGAGAUGGAUGACAUAGGUGAACAGGAUCGCAUGGUCACUUAGUCUUUCGAUGAUAUUUGGAAAACAUCUCUGCUGUAUGUAUAUACAUGCUCAACAGUUUUAUAUAAAACCGGGAGCCGUGUAUGAACGAAGAGUAGACAUGUCAUGACAUCAUGUAUCAUUGGCUGUACUUUCACUUGAAGCGAGGCC